AUGGCUCAUACACUCGAGUCCGACUAUACUAAAGGGGCACUGAUUGGAGAAGGCCGUUUCGCAAAGGUAUUCCUUUGCAUUCCUCCGGAUUCUGGGGAUCUCUACGCGGUUAAGGAGGUGGUCUAUGGAGGACCAGACCAAGAGUGUAGCUCUGAAGCCCUGUUAGCGAUGCUUCGAAAGGAGGCCAACCUGUUCUCAAGGCUUGCUCAUAGAUGUCUUCCAAAGACGGUGUCUGUAUACAACAACCCCCUAACAAGUACCUGGCAUACCGUGAUAGAACUCUUUGACAACGGGGACCUGGCCACAAUGAUCUCAGAGUAUAGCCAGGCAAACGUUCGAAUUCCCGAAGAACGGGUGUUAGAGAUCUUCGGUCAACUUACGGACGUGUUAGCCUAUCUGCAUGAGACAUACAAGACCGACUCAGCAGAAGUCCACCAAAUUGUGCACAGAAACCUGCGGCCAGAGAACAUCUUACUGAAGCUCAACGGGCUUAUCGGUCUUGCAACCCUUCGUCUGGCUGAAGAGCAAGAGCUUCCCCGCAGGCAUAUGGAUCGCCUUGCUCCGAGCCCAUACCUGGCCCCCGAGGCUCUUGCAGGCGAGCCCUACGGUGCAAUGGCUGAUGCCUGGUCCCUGGGUUGCAUCAUCUCAGAAAUGUGUACUCUGGAGCGUCUAUUCGACGCCUCUGGCCCGGCGCCUGGCAAGCUCCCAGUGAACUUGACGGGCUUAGGUUACUCCAAGACCCUGGAGGUACUUGUGAAUGCGCUCCUUCAAGAGAAUGUCAAUGUCCGCUGCUCUGUGGUAGAUAUGCGGCAUAACCCUGUUCUAAUUCAGGCCCGUUCGGCGGUCUUUAUCAGAGAUUAG